UUCCUUAAGAUAUAUUAAUGUACAGUAUGUACUUGAACCGUCAUCCUAGUAUACAACUCAACAGCGCAGCAUAUUGUCAGUGAGUCCGCCCAAAAAUGCAGAGAGCUUCCAUUCUCUGUUGUUCAAAUCCACUCCUUCCCAUCCCCACUUUCCCACCCACCACUCAUAAACUCGCUGCCGCUUCCCUUCAAACUCGGCACACUCGUCUUGACUCAGUUUCCUCACCUCUCCGACUUCCCCUGAAUCGUCUGCACAAUUACCACCUUGCCCUCCCUCCCCUACACAGCACUGCCACUGAAGAGAUUGUUGAGACUGCUGAGGCGGUUAGAGGAUUCGUUAGUGUUGGUUAUGUUGCCAAUGUCCAUGGGCUUCAAGGAGAGAUUCGUGUGAAACCUAGCACUGACUUUCCUGAAUUGCGGUUUGCUGAGCCUGGAAGAAGAUGGCUGCGACAACAAAUAUCAGGCCAAGAAAGAGUUGAAGAAGUUGAACUGGUGGAGGGAAGAGGACACCCUGGCCAGAAGAGUUGGAUACUUAGAUUGAGAGGAAUUGACGAUGUGGAUCAGGCUAGGCAGCUUAUUGGUUCAACUUUACUUGUGAGGGAAGAAGAUAGGCCAGAGUUGGAAGAAGGUGAAAUCUAUAGUCGUGAUCUCGUCGGAAUGAGAGUUAUUCUCAAGGAAACAGGUAAACCUGUGGGAAAUGUUGUUAAUGUUUUCAACAGCGGAGCAAGCGAUCUUCUACAGGUCAUGCUUGAUUCAUCGCUUGAUAUUCUUGACUCAACUGGCAAGCCAAAGCCAGCAGGAACAACAUUAUCUGGUCACCUUGUGUUGAUACCGUUUGUCGAAGAAAUUGUUCCAGAUGUUGAUAUAAAGAAUAAAGAAAUGCAGAUUACACCUCCAAAGGGACUCCUUGAACUAAAUUUACGCUUUGAUGAGAGAUCGAAGAAAGAAAGGCGCCAGAUUGACUGGAAAGAGAGAAAAAAGUCCCAGAAGCGCCUCAUAGCAGCAAAAAAGAAGCUGUGUGAAAUGGAUCAAAAACAUGUGUUUGAUGGGUUAAGAUUUGGAGAGAAAGCACAACGGAGCUUACUUGCUGAUCAGAUUGUUGGUGUUAAUUCACUGUUACUUCAACAAGCUCUAGAAAAUGUUGAGAUACGUUCUAAAAGAUUGAAUGUGACUGAGAUGGUCAGCGCGCUUAAAGCAGAAGAAACAAGUAGUACUCUGGAAAUAUCAGAGAAAUGUCAAAUUUCCUCUGCAAGUGAAGAUAAGCUGAGUACACAUUCCCAUCUUCAAGAGAAGGGAGUAGAUCUUUUAUCUAAAGGCAAAGUUGCCAUUGCUUUAGUUGUAAACAAUUCUUACGACUCAGAGAACACUAUGUCUUCCUUUGUUCAGACAUUACUUCGUGACGAUCAGAGACUUUUAAAGAUGGAAGACCGUGCCUUGGUUCCUUUGAUUUUGGUUUGCUCAGCUCAGAAAAUUGAAUCUUUAAGGAUGCAUUUCUCAGAAAAUGAUUACUUCGGCUUUGACUCUGGAAAGGUCCAGUUCUUUGAGGAAGAGAAACUUCCAGUUGUCAGCAAUUCAGUGGAAGAAGAGAAGAAGCAUAAGAUUUUGAUGAAAUCACCUUGGGAAAUUCUUCAAUCACCAGUUGGAUCAGGAGGAGUUUUCAGCUUGCUUUCAUCACACAACGUUCCAGAGAAUCUAAGUGAGAUGGGUGUCGAGUAUAUUGAGAUAUGCAGCACCAAUCCAAGAAAUGUAGGUGCCAACUCACUGCUUCUCGGGUUUGUUAAUAAGAACAAAGCUGAUGUUGGGAUCCAAAUCUUCAAAGAUACAAAUGAUUUUGAAGAGAGUUUCGACGUGAUAUUCUCAACAGACUAUAUGAAGAAGUUGACAAAGCAACUCAAUAAACUCCAGUUCAAUGCAACUACAAAGCAAAAUUCGUAUGUUGAGAUGGUGGACAAGGAGUGGGUUGAUGUUAACCCCAGUUCUCCCAACUCAUAUGAGUUUGAUUGCACGAUUUACAGCUCUUUAAAGGCCUGUUCUUUCGAUAAGGUCUGUAUAAUGGAGGUUACAGAGUGAACUUGCAAACCAACUUAAUAUACUUUUUGUCUCAUCUAGUUGAAGGAAAAUCAAAAGGAACUAAAAAAGUAUACUUUGUAAUAAAAUAGGCACAAAAAUACUCAGGUGAUUAUAGAGAUUACAUAUGCUGAUAUGCUAGUUUAAGAUUACAGUAGUA